CUUGUACAAUCGCACACAAACUCUUUACUUGCACUUUAAUCCUCUUAGUAAUUGUCGUGUAAUCGCGAUAGGCUGCAAAAGGUGUAUCGUCCCUGCUGAUGCCCUACCUGCUAUUACAGCUACCUUAUCUUAAAUACAUGUCUGGCUACCUUACGGCUCUGACCCUGUCUCCCACUCCUAGUGCGCGGAGACGAGGGCAUUUAUAUGCGCAAAUUAGAGUCAUUCGAGAGAGCCAGUUUAAUUGAGAGUUCCUUAGUACUACCGGCGAACACUUGCAUAGCAGGUGGCACGUACGAGUUAUAAACAAGUUGGCAGCUGUCAUUGCACUUUUAGCCUUACACCGUACUGCUAAGGCCCAUAUUCGAGUGAACGCAACACUCGACUUUCGUAUUUUAGAUACUUUGGGUCGUGAGUACAUCAAGCAACGCCGAAGGCCACGACGUUCUGGAUACAUUUGUUUUCAGAUUGUUCAUUUUUAUUGACCUUUUUUGUCGCCUUACACUGACAAAGGAGUGAAUGAGCUGAAAAUUGCUGGGCGGAAUAGAGUACCUAAAUCGCGGAGAUAAAUAAAAAUAUCUGAACUUUAGCAAGACGUAUUGCCCUUGUGAGACUUUUGUAAGCAAAUGAUAAGAUAUUAUUUUAAUAAAAUCGCAGGUAACUGGGUUGAAGACCGAAUUGAAUGUCCGAGAGGUGGUACUCUAUAUUUUCCUCCGAAAGAAGAUAUAGACUAUGAAAAAUUGAAACCAGAAUCCAGACAACCAGAUUUUCGCCUGAAUAAACUAAAUAGCUUACAGGGAAAUGUAUUUUCGACUAUUAGGCAUGACAGCCACGACGACUGCGGCAACUUCGUGUCUACGAACGAUCUAGUGUACAACCAUCUACCUAAGCCGCUUUGCGGACCAAUACAACGCUAUUACAAGAGGAGCGCUCACCAAUUUUAUCCACAACCCGAUCUUAUGAAAUGUUUUGGUAAUUUAACCGAGUGGGGACUGAGGAAACAUAAACAUUACGAGUGGGCUUGUACAGAUGUUUCAGACUAUACGUCUACUCUGUACGAAGACACGUUCGUGCCUCCACAACCUCAACAAUAUCUCCAACGAUGCGAGCGAAGGGCUCGAAAUACGAGCUUCACAAAAAGUUUCCGAUUUAAAAUGACAAAAUCGAAAUAAUGAUAAACAUCAAGAAUCAUCUUUUCUUCACUUUUUGCAAAAUUACUAGUCUUUACAAUAUCACAUUUUGUUCGAGAGAAGGACAGUGACGUCCAUAUAAAAUUGUAACAAUACAAUAAUUCUUAAUGCUUUCAUAUAGCCAUCACCUGGCACCAACACGAGAUCAGCAAAAUAUUCUUAACUCUACUUUUAGUCUCAAACAUUAUGACUACUAACCACUUACAACUAUGUGAUAUAACUUAACAAGAUUUGUUUCCUAAUAUAGAAUUGGCAGUUCAUUGGAACAUAAAGAAAAAUGUAUAUCAAAGAAUAAAAGGCAAACAUUUAUAAGAGUUAAAGAAAUUCAUAGCAAUAUCAUACAACCAAAUUGUUGUUAACAUUACUGAGGAAAUGAAUUCACUUGAGGCAAUUUGAUCAGUCCAGACCCACCUGGGGUUUUAAAAGUAUUAUUUGGUACAUAAAUUUGUUGCUGUGGAAAUAUUUUUGUUGAGACCAUGUUCAUGUUAUGUUGAGCAAGACGAGGCUGAGGUAUAUGAACAUGACUAUUAUACUGCAUCUGGGGAAAUACCGGUGAACUAACGCGAGAGAAAUUCAACGGAGUUUGAUAAUUGCUGAAACUGGUUGGGUUGUUGCAACGUAAGUUGUCAACCGCCAUGGGCUCCCCACAGACAGACUCCUCGCGAGAAGGAGGUUGCGAAAAUAUAUUUCGCUGAUUCAAACUAGAAGCCUGAGACUCAAACCCUGAACUUUGACUUGAGGAACGACUACCGUCAAUGUUGAACAUUGGACGCUCUCCCUCAGAACCCCAGUAGCCACCUGCAACCCAAGAUGUACUGUGACCUAAUUUACUAGGUGAUAUCAAUGGUCUAGUACGAUUCAGUGGUGUUGGAGCUACAAAACAAGGAGUGGCGUUAAAUUUUCUUAAAGAGAACAUCGGAUUACCAUGCUUGUUUUUCUUUGGACUACCUAUACAUAAAGUACUAAUACUCUCAUCCAAAUCUGAAUCAGAAUCGUCUUUAGUAAGUUUUUGAUACUUAUUAAAAGACGGCUUUAUAAAUACAUUAUCUGAUAUGGAACUUGGACUGUUGCAAGUUACAGAGUUUACACAGAAUGUCGAAUUAAGUUUCGGUUUACUCCACAAACUAUCACUACGUGGUGUGAACGAUCUACCAUUCUGAAGAUUUUGUGGGCUAAUUGUCUCAUGUGACGAGUCAGUAAAAUUAUGUAAUCCGAAUUUACUAAGAGAUACGUCAUCAUCAGUAUCCAAAGAUAAAUUGUCUUCUUCGUCAAUUAAUGAUGUUAAUGUUCCAUUAUUAAAAUUUUUCAUUCUCAUUGAAGUCAUUACCUUUUUAGGAACUCUGUUACUGUUUUUCAUUUUCAUAUACACAAAUAACACAGAUAAAGU